AUGAUGGGACGGUUUCACUAUCUACUUGGUUUGCUACUAUUAUUCAUCUGUUCAUUUCUCUGGAUCGCAUCUAGUCUGGCAAAACAACCACCAAGCAUUGUUCUUACUCAUGGCUCGUGCGUCUGCAGCGACGAAAAUGUGACAGUCUCGGAUGCCGGUAUCAAACCCUCAAAUCUACCGAAACUUCCCGUUAAAGAUGUGAUAUCAAUAUCAGAACCCAAAAUACCAAGCUACCUCCCAAUCACAAUUUCCCAUGGUCAUCACGCACAGUCAUCAAUCCCAUUCAAGCUCUGGCAAAAGGCCGGUUCAAAGAAAAUCAACGAUGACCGCCAGAGAGACAUCCACAGUUGGCUAGAAGUGAACCCACGUCUACGACAUGAGAUUCUCACAGACGAUAGCGCAGACGAGUACGUUCGAGAGCAUUUUGCCGACUACCCAGACAUCCUGGACCACUAUAUCUCGCUUCCACUCCCGAUCCUAAAAGCGGAUCUCCUUCGUCUGUUGAUCUUAUACGUCGACGGAGGAAUUUGGAGCGAUCUCGAUGUAACAUGUCACCGACCAAUUUCUACCUGGAUUCCGGAACAUUACCAGAACAAAACAAAUGUUGUUGUCGGUUUGGAAUUCGACGGGUCCCAGUUCGCAAGUUGGACCAUCAUGGCAAAGCCUAAGACAAGCCAUAUGGUAGCAGUCAUCAAAUAUGUCGUCGAUAAAUUGAAGGCGACUGCUGCGCAGCACCAUGUUACCACUGCUGGACUUAACAUGACGAUGAUCAACGAUGUAGUGGACCUCACGGGCCCACAGGCGAUGACUGUUGCUAUGUUGCAGAACCUGCAAAGAGAAAUGGGCGCUCCUGUCGGCCGAGCGAAUAUAACUGGUGUCAAAGAACCCAUCCUAUUUCAGGACGUGCUCGUGCUGCCCAAUGCAGCCUUUGCCGCUAGACAGGGUGGCUACCCGACGGACAGAGGGCCUUAUCUUGUUGAACAUCAUUACGCUGGCUCUUGGAAGAAUAUUAAUGGCGGUGAGACAAAAUCGUGA